AUGAAUCACUUAACAGUAACGAAGGGGAAAAUACCUACAAAUCCACCCUUGAAUCAACCAAGUCCACCUAAUAUUGAUAAGUCAAACACACCAAUGAUGCAGAAACCAUUAUUCUGUGACAGUAAUGGUCGUUACAUUAACCCAAGCCUUCUGUGCCUUAAGAUGUGCGACACUGUCUCAAACAAAGUCAUCAUCGAAAAAACCACCUCUUCUCCCAAAACAUUCAUGUUACAUUGUGGGACAAAUGACCUUGAGAAAACACAAUCGAACGAUGAGUUAAUCAACCAAACCAUGGAAAUUGUCGAAAAUAUUGAAAAGUCAUACCCUCAAAGCCGAAUAAUUCUAUCAACCCUUCUAUCUUGGGGCGAUGAUUUAGACAAAAGAGUCGCUACAAUCAAUAAAGAGCUAGAAAAUACCUUAUCUGCAAAGAAAAAUGUCAAAAUUGUGAUGCACGAGAAUCUCGAGAAAUCCAAACACCUGAAGGAUAAAAAGCACCUAAAUGAAAAAGGUGUGAAGUUAUUUGCCCAAAGUUUGAAACAGGCGUACUUCAACAAACUUCCUCGAACUUGGAACUUUCCCCAAAACCAGCAGUACAGAACCCAAUAUACCCAAAGCAGAUUUUACCAACCCAAUCCAUAUACUCAUUACCCAAUCCUUAACAACCGUCAACAGAAACAUAUCCCUCAGCAACAAGCAACUGAACCCCCCCCCCCACUGAUGGCAUUCAACCCCUAUGACCCCUAUCAUCUCUCAAUGCCCUAUCAUCAACACUCCAACAUCUCAAGUCAACCAAAAAUGAAUGAAAGAAUGUCAAAGCAAGAUAAUCCUAAAAUUCCAUCAGAGUUGGUAUAA